AUGACGGUCAAUACUUCACAGAGGAAGCAACGUGAUUGUGUAAACCAAUACAAGCCAAAACCUGGUUUAAGCAUCUCUUUUCCUUUGAGGAUGUCCAGUUACAUAUUCAAGAGACCGGUUACUAGAAUUACUUCUCAUCCUGGCAAUGAAGUCAGGUGCCAUCAAUGGGAGGAGAAUUUGGACAAGCCCCAACACGUCUGUUGGCAGAAGAAACUGCAAGGACUCCAGGCUUACAGCAGUGCAGGAGAACUAUUAAGUACUUUGGAUCUUGUCAAAGCUUUGCAAGAAAUUGCACGUAGUUGCACAAGUGAUUCCUUGCCCUGUCCUAUUGCUGGGGGUCUGCACACCAGCCCCUUGCCCACUCCUGGACGGUCUUCGGAUUUGGCAGAGCUGAUUCCAGAUCAUUUUGGUAUCUCACAGCAACUCUGCAAACGCUGCAAACAAUUUAUGGUAACUGAUGAAGAUAUUAAGAAACAGGAAAGAAAAGUGGAAAUAGCAAGGGAGAAACUGGCACUAGCAUUGAUUGCAGACAGGCUUGAGCAAGUGAGGGGGGCACGAAGGAAGUCCUGA